AUGUCUAAGCCAACUAUUGCCCUGGUCCCCGGUGCCUGGCACACCCCAGCCCACUACGAGGAGUUUCUCGCCUUGUUCGAAAAGGCUGGCUACCCAACCGCCUGUCUUCAGCUCCCUGGCGUUGACUCUGCCAACCCUAACGACGAGACCGUUGCCACCAACGCCGCCUACCUCCGCGAAAAGCUGCUGCUCCCUCUUCUCGACGAUGGAAAGAAUGUCGUCCUGGUCAUGCACUCCUUCGGCGGCUGCAUUGGAAGUGUAGCUGCUGCCGGCCUUAGCAAGAAAGACCGUGGCUCCAGCGGAGGAGUCGUCGGACUUAUCUUCAUUGCUGGCUUCCUGGCCAAGGAGUCCAUGUCUCUCUUCGAUGCCCUGGGCGGCAAGUUUGACGACUUUGUCAAUGUUGAUGAUGCAACUGGCCAGCUUACGAUUGAGAACCCAACUGAUGUCCUGUUCCAUGACGUUCCAGGCGAUGUUGCUGCAAAGGCAGUUGGCCAGCUGAAGCAACAGUCCAAGUCUGUUCUGAAGAGCCCCAGCGCCGCCCCAGCCUGGCAGGAAGAGUUCUACAAUGGCGGCCGACGAGGAUACAUCAGAGCUACCCAGGACCGCUGUGUGCCUGCCGCCAUCCAGACCAUGAUGCUGGACAAGAGCGAACUGGACUGGAACAUCAAGGACGUCGAGGCCAGCCACAGCCCCUACCUGAGCCGCCCCCAGGAGACCUUUGAUAUCAUCAAUGGCAUGAUCACUGCCAUUUGGAACCAGUGA